AUGUAUUCCAAAUACAAACAACUCCGAGUAUUAAAUCAUAUUUUGAAACAAUUUCUGACAUUCGUUUCUAAUUUUUAAUCUUCUUUUUGAAUGUAAUAUAGUAGAUAUAGUUUAUUAAAAUAAAUACGAUUAUAACAAUGGCAGAAAAAAAAACUCAAAAUUGCAGUGAAAUACUUAUUAACAAUGUUCCACCGAAAAGAAGAACCAACAACAUGUCCAUUCUCUCCAAAGUUCUUAAAAGUCAAACGACUUCCAUUCAGCAUAGAGCUUGUCAAGAUGUCAAGAAAAAACAAUCGUCUGGUGGAAUAAGAAUGUUUUUAAUUAAAACUUUGAUCGCAGGUGGAGCCGUUUAUCUAACAGCAUGUUUGGGAGUAUGGGGAGAAGCAGAGGAAAGUGUUAAAAUUAGUUCCAAAAUCAAACAAGCUGUCACCAAAUUCGACAAUGAGGUUUUAAUAUUCAACUCGAUAUCGAGCAACAUGCAUCACAAUAUGAACAAAACUAAAGAGUUUUUUAAAGAGCAUCUGGAAACUAUUCCCAAUGAUAUAAAAGUUUUUUACGAAAAAUCGGAGAAGUGCAUUACUGACUUUUUUAAAGGGAAAAAAUCUUAAACGUAUAAUUUCGUAGCAAGUGAAAUAAAUUGAUAAUUCUCAAAAACAAAAAAAUGUUCUUGGUUGCAAAUUGAAUAGAUUAUGAUUUAUGAACUUUUAAUUGCUCAAGUUAUUUGAGCAAACGUAAGAAGGAACGUACUCGUAUAUUUGUAUUCCGAUUCAAAAUUUGAUAGUCCGUAUGAAAUAUAAUUUUGAAAUAGUUCUUUA